AUGUCUACGGAACCAUUGCUAGCCACUGCUGCUGCUACCAGCGCUGGCACUGCACCUGCAGCGGCACCACCUCGAGGUGCCCCGGACGCGGCCGCCAUGAAGAGCCGGAUCAUCACGCACAUGAACGCGGACCACGCUCUUUCGCUACGGCUGUACCUCAUGCGCUACGCGCACGUCCCCCUCGGCGGGACGACGGGUGCGCAGAUGCUCGACAUCGCACUCGACCACAUGGUCCUGCAGUCGGGGUACGGGCGACACGUGGUGGCGCUGGCGCCGCCGAUGAAGUCGCUCCUGGAGGCGCGGGAGCGGCUCGUGGCGAUGCACGCUUCGUGCCUGGCGGACCUGGGCCUCAGCGACGUCGUGGUCGACAGGUACGUGCCGCCGGCCCGCGCGUCGCAGGUCGCCGUGACCGCGCUGAGCCUCCUGGUCUUUGCGACCUUCCCGUUCAGAGACGCGCUGCUGGACCCGACGACCGUGCCGGGCGGCGUCUGGAGUCUCGCGGGCGCGGCGCCGUGGCUGGCCCGUCUGGGCUACACCCUGCAGCCGUACGUGCUGUCGUUCAUGGUCGUCGCGCACCUCGCCGAGACGGCCUUCCUGACCGUCCCCAGGCUGAAGAGGCAUUGGGUCGACGUCGGCAGUUGGUUGUGGUGGGCGUGGGUGCUGGAUUGUGCCGUCGAGGGGUUCGGCUGUUGGACGAGACUCGACGAGAUUGUCGCCGACGUCGAGGAGAAGAGGAAGACGAGGAAGCAUUGA